CAACAGCAAGGAACAUGAAGUGGUUUGUGCGCCAAGCUGUUCUCCUGUGCUCUCUCUCACUACUGCUUCCCCCGGCUGAGACCUCUUCCGCCCGGCGCCCUCCUCCCCCUCCCCCCAGCCCGAAGCCCUCCGGUGCAGGCGCAGAAGGCCCCCAGGACUACGCCGGAUGGAAGCUGCUGAGGAUCUUCGCGUCGUCGCCCUUGCUCCUGAAGGCGUUGGUCGGCUCCUUGAGAAACAGCACGGAGGCGGUGGUUGUGCAAGUGUCCCAUUCAGAAUUGCUGGCGGACGUAGGUCUUUCGCCCAAAACAACUCUGGAGAGCGUGCUAUCGGGCGCCCUCCCUUCGCCGCUCCCCCGUCUUUGCUCCCUCGACGCCCCUGGCACCGCCCGCGUCACGCCGGGGAGAGAGGGCCGGGCGCGAGCAGAAGAGGCGCUGGAUGAGUGCCAAGGAGAGGAAUCACCUGCAGAAGGGAUGCCACUCACGGCAAGGAAGCGACGGUUUUCCUUGGGCUUUCUGAAGUGGACAGCGCUGCCCGGAUUCGUCGAGGAGAAGACUAGGCUGGAUGGCUCAGAGCCGCUUGCAUGGGAUAACUACUAUCGAUACGACUCCAUUCACCGAUUCGCAAUGAACUUGUCCCGCAGUCUGCCUCAUGUUGAAUACCUGGACAUCGGGAAGAGCUUCGAAGGGAGACCGCUCUUUGCUCUUUGUUUUGCUUCCAAACCCACGAACAUGAAAAAGACCUUCAAGAAGAAACUCCUGAAAAUACGCAGAUUACGAGCUAGGCGUGGUCGGGAUCCAGAGCUCUCAACCUUACAGAAGAGGAGUAUGGUAGCAAGAAGAAAGAAAAUGAACAAACCAUAUAUCUUUAUCGAAGCAGGCAUCCACGCCCGCGAGUGGAUAGCGCCGGCCGUGGCGACGUUCAUGGCCCAGGAGCUGGCGACCUUAGGCAAGAGGUUCCUGAAGCACGCGACGGUCAUCCUCGCCCCCAUGGCCAACCCCGACGGCUACGAAUACAGCCACACCGCCGACAGGUACUGGCGCAAGAACCGGCGGACGACAGCCAAGCCCUCGUGCCCCGGCGUCGACCUCAACCGCAACUGGCGCCUGGGUUGGGGCGACCCUGAGGGCUCCAGCGGCGACCCUUGCUCCGCCGAAUACCGUGGCACCGAGAUCUUCUCCGAGCCCGAAACUCAGGCACUCCGCGACUUGGCACUGGUUUGGAUGGAGAAGAUUACGCUGUUCGUCAGUCUCCAUUGCAGUGGGAGAGUCAUCCUGCAUCCUUGGGGCUUCAUCGGGACGCCAAGCCCUAAGCAGAAGCAGCUGGCGAGAAUUGCAAAGGUGAUGACCAAAUAUCUUCGCCGAAAUAAUGAGACGUUUGAGUUUGGCCAAGCAAGUCACGUGAUGUACCUAGCAUCGGGGACUUCCAGUGACUACAUGCACGGCUCAGGAGUGAAAUACUCAUACACACUUGAACUUCCUGAAGACAGUUUCGAACUCGAGCCAGAGAAGAUCAUACCAAUAUCUAAAGCGGUUUGGAAUGCCCUGAUAUGUACACUCGGUGAAAUCGUAAAGACGGAUAGAAUCAGAUCCUUCUGCAAGACGGAGGAAACUACAGCGAAGAGAAACUUGAGGCAGAAGGGAGAAAACGGUCAUUUUUGAUAUCAAAGGAUAUGAUUGAGAGUGAAAUGUCAUGAUGUGUAUUCUUGUAGUUAUGCGUAUCAGCCGCUGUCAGUAAAAUUCUGUGUAAAUUAAGAUUAAAAUGAUAAUGAUUUGAUGUAAAUUCUCUGUUUCAUGGUACUUCUGACUUCUUAUUCUGUGCUAAUACAAAUAAGCCAUUAGAUAGACAUUCUCACAGGUACUUAAAUAUAUGUUUGUAUAUAAUAAUAGAUAAAAGACACACUUUAUUUGCCUUUAAUUUGAUGUGACUCUUAAAACUUACUGUGAUAAUGAAUUGAUUAUGUAUAUAUAUUUUUUUUUAUUUCAUAGCCAUUCAUUCCACUGCUGGACAUUGGCCUCUCUCAAUCCACUAUUGAGAGGUUAUAUGGCAGUGUCACCCUUGCCUGACUGGACGUCCUUCCUGAUCAACCGCGGUUCGCUAACACUUGUGCCACGGCGAUACCUGCGUUUGACUUCUCAAGGCGAUAUGUCGUUUCCUCGGGCUCGAGUCAGAAGUCAGAGCGUAGGCAUUGUUACGACUGCCGCGACGGGGAAUUGAACCCGGUCCAGUGCUCUAACCACUGGAACAUCAUCGCGGCAGUCAUAUAUAUAUAUAUAUAUAUAUAUAUAUAUAUACAUAUAUAUAUAUAUACAUAUAUAUAUAUAUAUGUCUGUGUGUGUGUAUGUGUGUGUGUGUGUGUG